CUCGCACGUUACGUUAAGGUGCGGAACAGAGUCCCGCUCUUGGGGAAAUUUGAGGAAAGUCAGACGAAACAUACGUCUUUAAAGGACAGCAAACAACCAUUUCUAUUGAGACGACAGACAUUUUACCGCAUUUGUGCAGUUGCUUUGAGACUACAGUAAAAUGGAUCCAAUGACUCAGUCCGCCCAGAUAUCAUCGUCGCAAGGGCUUGCCGAUGGACAAAAUUCUGCUGCCAAAGAAUCUAAGCUAUCCGAUUCCUUUCUUUCCUCUUCGCCUGUAUCUCUCAUUCAGUCUCCUCAAGACAAAAGAGUGGGCUCUGACAAGCCCUGCGAAGGUGUUGCGACAUCCCUUCGCUUUCCUUCUCAACCUGGCUCAUUCACCCCUGGUAAUUACGGGAGUGAAGCAGGGCCGCCAGAUGGACAACCGGAUUCACCGAUAAAGACAUCUCCUGUUUCAGAGCGAAUAAAGGCACUGGAAGCUCUCGCUGCCAAAAAGAAGGAACCUGAUUUUAGAAGCGAUAUAGGUUUCUCUCACUUUAGGGACCGCCACCAUGAAAAAUCUCCCACUGAGGCACCCAAAUCUCCCGCUGAGGCACCCAAAUCUCCCGCUGAGACCCCCAAAUCUCCCGCUGAGGCCCCCAAAUCUCCCACUAAAACACCCAAAUUUCUGAUUAAGACCCCAAAAUCUCCCACUGAGAAAAUGACGCCAACUGUCCAGAAAAGGGGUGGUUCAGCUGAUCAGGAGUCACCGGAAUCCCCCUUUGAAGUACUUGGAGACUUAAGACAAACAAAUGAAUUUGAAGAAACCGAAGAGUGGAUGAAGGCUCAUUUACCUCCUGUGCCAGACUUUGAUGCUGUAAAUGUAAUUAAAGGCACCCUGACUUCAGACAAUGUAAAAUCAAAGGUGGAGAAGGAGACUGGCGUAGUCAUACCUGAUGCUCCUGCUGCCUUUGCUGGUGUCCCGGAUGCUUUCAUGGAUACUCAAGCUCCAAAACAUAAGGAUGAGUUGAGUGAUGCACAGAAGCAGACAAGCAUUGAGGAGGAGUCAGAGUUUGACCUUAGCUUUUUGCCAACAGCCUAUAUGUGGGAACAGCAGGAAAAAUCAAGUGCCCAGGCUCCUUUAAAUCUUGAUGUAAUGCUUCCAGCUUCACCUGCACCGCCUGCAGGCUUUGACUCCCCUUCUCCACCUGCCUCCCCACCAGGUGGCAUGGAUGCUAAACCUGUUUCAGAAGAAAAGAAGACCAUGUGGACCGAAGAUCUAGAGCCCCCACAGGCAAGUGAAGCUGACAGCUCAGGAGAGUCAGACGACACUGUAAUUGAAGAUGGUGUCCCUGUUCCUAUAUCUAUUCCUCCUCCAUCUUCUGAUCCAGCUAUUUCAAAUGAUCCUACCCCUGCUUCUGCAGUUCCCAGUCUUCCCACUGAGGAAAAGGAGACUCCUCCACUAAAGUCUGAGAGGAAGCUAAUGCAGGUUCCAACAAUAAAUGUUAUUGAGACGGAUGAGCCAAAUUACAGUGAUGAGGAGAUGGAAAUUGAGCUUGAAGUAGAGGAAGAUGAGGAUUAUAAGGCUGUAAAAGACCUUGCCAGUGAGGCUCCAAAAACCCCCGAACCAGAGCCAGAGGGCAGUAAAAAUGAAUCCCCUAUAACGCGCCCUUUAGAAACUGAAUUCAUGGAAGGCUACUCCCCUCCAUCCUCACCGGUGGACUCUGAUGCCGAAUACUCUCCUAAACACAACAUACUCAAAUCGCUACCUGAAACAGAACAUCAGGAAUCUGCAUCAAAACCUGAGGCCCCACCCAAUCAAGCACUGUCUGAAAAAUCGCAGAACACUUCCAUUAAAGUAAGUGAUGAACCCUCCCCUUUCAUUGUAACGAAUGAAGAAGUGGACUUCCAAGAGAAUGAUGACGAGUGGUCCGUUGAAGCACAACAUUUCCCCGUCCAACCUUGCAAAACUGGUCUUGCGUUAAUGGAAACAACUGCUUACACACAAUCCAACAUGGAUGAAAAGAGCAACACAGCCGCAAAAGAGGCUUAUAUGGAGACGGCUUCCCUUUCUAAAACCAGCUUCAUGCAAGAUGAUAUAUAUGACAGACAAUCAUUUGAUUACGAUUAUGACGCUUCCUCUCCCUUGGAUGACAUUGACGACAAAGGGUUAAACAAUGCUAAGGAGCGGUUUCUUUCUGAUCCUUCUCAAAUCCUCGAACCACUGAAUGCAAGUAGUCAAAAUCUGGAUGAUUCUACUUCAGUGAAUGAUGACGACGCCUUAAUCAAGCCAGUUGGUCAGCCAACUAUAAGAGAAUAUCCCCAGGACCCAUACUCUUCUUUCCUAAGUGAGACACUGAGCGGCACCAUUGAGCAAGAUUUAAAUAAGAAAAUGACCACUGACAUGGUUACAGAUAACAAGUCAUAUGGCAACUCCCUCCCGGCACAGAAAUUUGAUUCAAAGAUCCAGCAGGACACUAAAGCAGAUUACCAUGCACCUGACACAACAAGUGACCCUGACAGCUCACUUUCUGAGUCUACAGAUAGCUUUGUGGAGUUCAUGCGAGAGUGCCUGAAAUCCAGGCAGGAUGAAGAACCUUCCAACACACACCAAGCUGUUCCUCCGAAGAACAAGGUCUGCAAAACUGGUUUGCCUCCUUCCCAGUCCCCCCCAACCAUGGUGAUGGAUCUUGAACAAGAACAGCUUACUAUCAGUGCUCUCAAGGAGCUGGGCAGCAGUCAAGAGGAGGAGGAUGAGGAGGCGUAUCUCCAGUCAAAGGUUCUUGACGAGGGCAAAACUAACCCCAAUGCUACCUCAGUUCCUAAUCCUCCAUGUUCCCAAAGCAACCGUGUGUUUGACAGCACGUAUUCCAAAGAGGUAGAAGCCAUCGACGAAUGGGUGGCUGAAGCCUAUCAUCUUGCUGAGCAUGUCUUGACAGCAAUAAUAACCCAGUUAUCAGUUAAGGAUCUGAUCCAUUGGCGAGACCCCAAAAAGUCGGGCUUGGUGUUUGGGCUGUCCAUGCUGCUGCUGCUGUCGCUGGCAGCCUUCAGCGUCAUCAGCGUGGCCUCCUACCUGCUACUGGCCCUGCUCUGCGUCACCAUCACCUUCCGCAUCUACAAGUCUGUCGUCCAGGCCGUGCAGAAGUCCGGCGAGGGACACCCCUUCAAAACACUGAUAGAUAAGGAUGUCAGCGUCCCCCCGGAGACUUUCCGCAAGCACGUGGACGCCAGUCUGACCUACAUCAACCGAGCCCUGAAGCAGAUGAGCCGCCUCUUCCUGGUCGAGGACCUUGUGGACUCCCUAAAGCUGGCUGUGGUCAUGUGGCUGUUCACCUACGUAGGAGCCGUCUUCAAUGGAAUCACCAUUCUCAUCCUGGCUGACAUCCUCCUCUUCGCUGUGCCUCCCAUCUACGAGAAGUACAAGACCCAGAUUGAUCAGUACAUGGACCUGAUUCGUACUCAAGUCAACACCACAAUGGCCAAGUUGCAAGAGAAACUUCCCGGAGCUGUGAAGCGCAGCAAAACUGAAUGAUCAACCCCCCCUCCCCCUUCAAUUAGAAACCUCCAUGUCACCAUCACCCUCAUCUCCAUCGCCAUCUUAGACCCCCUUACCUUUUCCCUCCCCUCUCCAGAUAACCGCUGCCCCGAGUCUAACUCCUCCUCCCUACUCCAUCAACCAUCAACCCCCACUACUACACUGAACCUUGCUAGGUAGAAAAUCUCGGAGCUACUCAAUAUUCAAUGUAAAACUACUGCGCAGCUUAACUUGCAAGCAUUAAAAAGAACUGUGCCUGUACAGACAGGAAGCAGGUCGCUAGCGAGGAAGUGAUGUAGCGCCGCGGCGGGCCCUGACUGUCUGUGGGCGCGCCACAGGGGAAUGGAGGCAGGGUCGAGUGAACUAGACUGAAUCUAUGACCUGGUUUUGUCGUGUACAGCGAGCAGGGGGUAGAUGAAGGCUGUCUAUGUCACAAAAAAAGCUAAUGUCUGUACUUCAAACCACACAUUUCCCUAAAGGUAAAUGGAUCCUUUAAGCUGGAAAAGUUAAGAAAAAAAAAAAAUAGAAUAAAACUAAACCUUUGGGUGUUGUUGUGGCUAGUCUUAUCCUGCUCUCUUGGUCUACAGUUGUUAUGUGCAUAAAUAUGAGUUGAUUUAGAGGCCAGUAAUGGGUUUGCCUUUACUUAUCGGCCUGUUAUUGAGUUAGCUUCCAUUCACCUUACAGCCACUUCUGUGUCUAAGUUUCUACAAUGCACUGAACUUUUAUUUUAUUAAACACAUGAGCAGGUUGAAAUAAAAGGAUUGGAACACUGAGCCAGCUGUGAUAAUUUGGUCUAGUUCACCCUCUUGAUCAGAUGCAUUUUUUGAACAGUUUUCUGCACGUGUGUGUAUAUACACCUUAAGACAGGCUCUCUCUGCUGUAUGGAACACGUUAGCCUAGCUUUUUAUAUCAAAGGAACGUUCCCUCACUUACAGCAGCACUAACUCCUUUUGUCGCACCUGUUCAAGCCAGUGUUGAGGUCUCACAUAUACUUGUGAAUUUUUAUUACUCUUAUCACUGCUUAUUACUAUUAUUGAUAUUAAUUAUAGGACGGCUGCUUUGACUCCCUAGUAGCUUGACAACAGCAUUGUAAGUUAUGUUAAGUGUCAUUGAGCUUCAUAGUUUAGAAACUGGAGGCCUUUCAGAGGCUUCAUGAGAAAUGAUUCCUGAUUGUUGGAUAAGUUAAGAGAUUCUCUCUUGUGUUAUCACAUCCUUAAAUCUCAAAAUGGCUUCCCAGCUCUACUGCUGAAUUGCAUCGAGUUUCGAAACUAUGGAGUGUGCCACCAGAAUAAAAAUAGACUCUUACAGUAUUACAUUAAAAGGUCUACUUCAAGGCUUUCUCUUUCGAAGCUCUUAAAAUGCUUUUAAAAUGUUGAGAUUCAGCUCUUAAAAAGGACAAAUAAAGUUAAAAAUUUAAAUUAAUAACAGAAUUUGCAAUAGCUUUAUAAAUGGUAAUUUAGGAAUAUUUAUAAUUCAACUGUGGUUAAGUCUAAAGCUAUUCUUUUGGCACAUUUUAGACUCCGUACAAACCUCCCCAGUGACCUGAGAGGACGUUUAGAGAUUAGGGGGUGAAAUGUUGAAUAAAGAGUGUGACUGGGGAUCUGGAAGCGGUUUUGGUUUGGAGUGGUUAUUAUAGAGCUCUGUUUGUCACUGUGUUUCUUCUCUUUGACUGCCAUGAAGCGCAUGUCAUAGUGUAAGCUGGAAACCGAUUCUCACCCUUUAUAUAGGCUGUAUCAUAUUCUUGACCCUGACUUUUGUUUAAUAUAAUUAUUACUUGUGAAGGUUUCAGUGGUGUUUUUGAACUCAGUAGAAAAAAACAAAAUGUUAGCACUACUGGUACAUCUCCAUAUUGUCGUGAGGGAAGGAUAUAGAGAUGGAAAUGACGAGGAUGUUCCUGUUGCUGUCCAUUUCAGUGUGCCCCAAAUUAAGUUUGCACGGAGUAAAUGUCCCCUGAAUACUGAACAGCCAACAGCCUCUCAAUACCGUGAAUACUACAACAACUACUACUACUACUACUACGUCUGCCUGUGUACUGAAUGUUUUCUAUGAACAUUCCUCCCCAUGCAUGCCCUCCGUUGGGUUUUGUCUCACUGUGAUUGCCUCACAGAUGUCUUGGUUAACCACUCGUGCAUGCUGUCUCAUUCAGACUCUCGGUGUUAAAGCCAAAAUAUGCAACAUUUCUGUUGGAGAUGCCAGCUGUUAGUCCCCACCCCAUCCCCUCAGUUGGAUAGGUUACAGCCUUGGUGCUUAGCCCUCAUGUUGAUAGGCUGUCGGCUAGCCCAAGGCUGAGGUAAGCAGCAUCUGGAAAGGUGCUAAUGAAGCAAGUGUGAGAGGGGUUGGGGGGGGGGGGGUCAGGCCUGAAUACCGAGACUGCUAAUGUUCUUAUGCAUCCUGUUUAUUUAUUUGAAUGUGGAGAAGUUGCAUAUUGUAGCUUUAAGUUGUUGUUUUCAUCUAAAUGCAAACGUCCGUUUACAUAAAUUCAGCUAAUUUCAAGGAGUCAGUUCAACCAAAUUUCAAAAAACAUAACAUGCAUGUCUCUGCCUUUUCAUUUAAAAUUUAAAGAACCAACGUUUGGAACUCAUCUUAUUAUAUAUUUCUUUUUUUUUUUUUUUUAAGAUUUCUACCAUCUACCCAAUACAAUGGAGAUAAAUAGGGUGACAUUUGUGGCGCUCACAGACUUGAAUUCAGCUCUUUUUUAGGGACUAUUUCUUCUGUAGAACGUAGUUCCGAGAACUAUUCACAGUGAGCAGCACAAACUAAAUUCCAUCAAUCCAUCAAAAUGUCCAUUGUGUUGUGGUCGAAGAGGAAAUCUCAGAGACAGAAUUUCCUAAACCUUACCCUGGAAGUGUGGCGCUAUAAAAGCUAAUUAGCUUUUAACUUUAUGUCAGGAGAGACCUAUGGGUGUGGGUGCGCUACCUAGGCUGAACCAAUCACUCAUUUUCAGAGUCCUAGUUGGCUAAUUUCUUUAGAGUGUAAUAUAUAACAUGAAUAAAACCUGUUCCCUCAAGCAUGUUGCUUUUCUCCUUUUCCUGCUUGUCCUUGUGUGUUCAUCGGGUAUGGGGGGGUGUGGCAGGAGUGUGCUUGACUUUUCUGUCUCUGAAGAGUAUUGUUUUGACUCUUUACUGGUUUCUAGAAGUUCACUAACAUCAGCUCUGUUUUGUAUAGGCUAUAAUUGGUUCUGAUUUUUGAAGCUUUGGGAAAGAUGUUGCAGGGAAAAAAAAUAAGAAAACUGUAAAAAAAAAUAAAAAAUUAAAUAGUAUGUGGUCUCUGUACUGAUGUCAAAGUGAAAUUAAUAAAAACACGUCAAAGGAC